GAGCGCGGAUGCAGCGAGUGGCCGAAGCGGGGCCUCUGUUUCUUCUUCACCAAGUGGGCACGAUUCAGCCGCCAAGAUGAUGCUUUCAAGAGCCAAGCCUGCUGUAGGUGGUGACCUACAGCAAAUUGACAAAAGGAAGAAAAAAGGAAGAAAAAUUCCAAAACUAGAAGAGCUGCUAUCACAAAGAGAUUUUACUGGAGCUAUUACCCUGCUGGAGUUCAAACGUCACGUAGGAGAACAAGAUGAGGACGCAGAUCUGUGGAUUGGAUAUUGUGCUUUUCAUCUGGGUGACUACAAGAGAGCUUUGGAGGAAUAUGAAUCUGUGACAAAGGAGGAGGGCUGUAAUCCUGAAGUUUGGGUGAACCUGGCCUGUACCUACUUCUUUCUUGGGAUGUAUAAACAAGCAGAAACAGCAGGCUUUAAAGCUCCUAAAAGUCGACUCCAAAAUCGUCUACUCUUCCACUUGGCUCACAAGUUCAAUGAUGAAAAGAAAUUGAUGAAUUUUCAUCAGAAUCUUCAAGAUAUUACGGAAGAUCAGCUCAGUUUGGCCUCAAUUCACUAUAUGCGUUCUCACUACCAAGAAGCUAUUGAUAUCUAUAAGCGAAUACUGCUGGAUAACCGGGAAUAUCUUGCUCUCAAUGUUUAUGUGGCUCUUUGUUACUAUAAAUUGGAUUAUUAUGAUGUGUCUCAAGAAGUACUGGCUGUUUACCUUCAACAAAUUCCUGAUAGCACCAUUGCUCUCAAUCUCAAGGCCUGUAACCAUUUCCGUCUUUACAACGGCAAAGCAGCUGAGGCAGAACUCAAGAGCCUAAUGGACAAUGCCUCUUCCUCCUUUGAAUUUGCUAAGGAACUUAUCAAGCACAAUCUGGUUGUUUUCCGAGGGGGUGAAGGUGCUUUGCAAGUUUUGCCUCCCCUGGUCGAUGUUAUUCCUGAAGCUAGACUAAACCUAGUGAUUUACUAUCUUCGUCAGGAUGAUGUGCAAGAGGCUUAUAACUUAAUUAAGGAUCUAGAACCUACAACUCCUCAGGAGUACAUUCUCAAGGGGGUAGUUAAUGCAGCUCUUGGACAAGAAAUGGGUUUGAGAGAUCAUCUGAAAAUUGCCCAGCAGUUCUUCCAGUUGGUGGGUGGAUCAGCUAGUGAAUGUGAUACAAUACCAGGGAGACAAUGCAUGGCUUCUUGCUUCUUCCUACUUCGACAAUUUGAUGAUGUCUUGAUUUACCUCAAUUCUGUCAAGAGUUAUUUCUACAAUGAUGACACCUUUAACUUUAAUUAUGCACAAGCCAAAGCUGCCACGGGAAACACCAGUGAGGGUGAGGAGGUGUUCCUUUUGAUCCAGAGUGAAAAGAUGAAAAAUGACUACAUUUACCUCAGUUGGUUAGCACGAUGCUACAUUAUGAAUAAGAAACCAAGACUAGCCUGGGAGCUCUAUCUGAAGAUGGAAACAUCCGGAGAGUCCUUUAGUCUUUUACAACUCAUUGCUAAUGAUUGCUAUAAGAUGGGUCAGUUUUACUAUUCAGCCAAAGCCUUUGAUGUCCUGGAAAGACUGGAUCCUAAUCCUGAAUACUGGGAAGGCAAGAGAGGUGCCUGUGUGGGCAUUUUCCAAAUGAUAUUAGCUGGCAGAGAACCCAAAGAGACUCUUCGAGAGGUGUUGCAUCUACUGAGGAGCACUGGAAAUACCCAGGUAGAAUACAUAAUUCGUAUCAUGAAGAAGUGGGCCAAAGAAAACAGAGUUCCUGUCUGAGAUGGCAUCAUCAAUAUGGUCAUCAUUGUCAAGUUCAAGGGAACCAGAUACCUCCUUGGAAGAAAAAAAGAAGUUUAAUUUUGAUGUGGAGAGCAGGAUGUAUGAUACUACCUUUAUGGAUAUUUUCUUCCUGUAUUCAUCUGAACAGAAGAUCAAUGAACCACAUACUUAGAUGGAGCUUUCUGACUGAGCAGAGUGCCAUAGUGUAUAUUAUGGCCCCUGUGUAAUCAUAAUAGCAAUAAUACCUUAGACUUUAUUGGU